AUGCCUCUCCUUUUCAACGGUAACCACCGCUCUUCCUCGAGCGAGAUCCCUGUCUGGGAUCUAAAAUCCAGCUCUUCCGAGGUGCCAGAUGAAGUCCAGCACUUCAGAUACGUCAACGGCUCGGCCUCCCAGCUGGAGCAAGACAAUCGUACCUCCGUCAACAGGAGGGAUAUCUUGCCUGGCGGCAAAUAUCGCGGAAUCGCAAAGCUCUUCCUGCGCUUUGAAAACAGCGAUCAGGACACCUGGGUUAUUGCAACCGGCUUCCUCGUUAGGGAUGAUCUAGUCGUAACCGCUGGUCACUCUGUCUACGACUGGGAGUACAACCUUGGUGAGCUGAUCGAAGCCAAGGUGUACCUCGGAUACACUGGGAAGCAGAACAUCGACAACGCCGAGGUCGAGUUCCGCUCCGGCAAGCGCGUUGCCACGACGCCCGAGUGGAUGGAGAAGGGCGGUCGUCGCGAAGCGAACGUGGCCUUCAUCAAGUUGAGCAAGCCGUUCAGGGAUGUUACCCCGUUCGACUACAGGGACACCCCAGAGAGCGACAAGAUGAACAUCGGUGUCGUUGGCUACGCUGGUGACCUCAAGAAGAACGGCGAGCCUGGCGCUCAGCUCUACGAGUGCUUCCAGGACGAGAAGUGGGAUUUGGGUCGGUCGAAGUGGCAGAUGCUUGAGUAUCAAAUUGAUGCUUAUGGGGGUAACGUCGGCGCCCCUGUCUUCGACGAAGACAUGAACUGCAUUGGCGUCCACACCUAUGGCGGCGACCAAAAUUGCGCCACCGUCAUUGGCCGCCGCGGGCACUCCUUCGAGCCCUACUUCGAUGCUCUAGAUUCCCGCUCCGAGCGCCAGCGCGGAGGACGCCAGCCCCAGAACCGCGGCCGCGGCGACAUCGACAACGAAGACCAAGAUCUCGUCAGUCAGAUCCUGCGCCUCGUCCGUGACGUCCCGGAGCCCAUCCCACGCAACAUCCUCUCGCCUGGCACUAGCCUCUCCCUCGGCCAACUCGGCAUCCCCGCAGGCGCAGUUGCAAACAUCGCUCUCAGCGCCGCCGCCAACGCCGUAACUGAAGACGUUGACACAUUUGACAACAACUUUGACCGCGACCAAGCCUUUGACAGCAUCACGCAGCGCGCGAUCCUCGCCGAAGCCGCUCUCGCCGCUGUGCAGGAGAUGAGCCCACGCCUACGGCAGAACGAGCACGUCUUCAACACAAUAACCCAAGUCGUCACCGACCUCCUGCCGACCAUCCAGCAAGCCGGCUCAACGGUCAUUAAUUCUACUCAGGAACCCCUCCUGCGCCUCGCACUCGACGAGGUAAAGAAAGGCGGCCAGCGGUCCGGCCGCUCGGCAUCAAUCCCCUCGAUCCGCUUAUCCCGCGGCUCCAGACGCGGCGUCAGCGGUCGCAAGGGCCAAUUCGUUGACGCCCUCUGCGAUGGCGCUCGCGACGAACGCACCGAGCGCUUCAUCAACAAUAUUGCCUCCGAGGGUCUCUCCGAUGACGCAGAGGUCAAAUGGGAUAGCCUCAACAUCUCCAAGCGCCUCUCGUCCACGUCCUCCAUCAUCGAGGCAGGCAAGAAGCAGCCCGAGAUGAUCGGUCCGCUCCUCGUCUCCAAGAGCCAGCAACAGCAGCAGUACCAGCAGCAUGGCCGUGGAAUGCACCACCAGUACCAGCAGCAGAUCACCCUGCACAACCUGCACCAGCUCAUAGACAUGGACAUGCAAGACGAUGAGUUCCCACUCUCAAUCGAAUGCCUGCCCCUCCGCGCUGUCGUCGCCGAAGCAGCCCUUCAAGCUAUCCUGCGCAUUCAGCAGCAGGAUCUCGAAGAAGAGGGCCUCUUCGACACCAUGCGCGACGUGAUCCGCAAGCAUGGUCCAACCGUCAUGAAGAUCGCCCCCGCUGUGAUCCGCAAGGUUGCGCCCGUCUUCACGGCCAUCGCCAACGAGGGCGGCGACUACGGUCGUGGCGAAUAUGUCCGUGGCGGCGAGUACGCCAAGUACGGCACCAAGUAUGGUAGUCGUCGCGAGGGAAGCCCACAGCGAUACCGUCUUACCACCAAGGCGAAGGGCCUUGCGAAGAACAAGCUCGCCUCUGCGGGUAUGGGCAUCUCCUCGGCGGAGAAAAUGUUCUUGCAGGCAUUCUAA